AUCAAUGACAUCAGUCUUCUUCUCAUUAAACUUUCAAUGAGUGAAACACGAGCCCGGGUUUUGAUUAUAGGCGCAGGCUGUUCAGGUAUGGCUGCUGCAUACUCGUUCUCUUUGGAACCUUCUAAAUUCAAGGUAACAAUCUGCGAUAAAGUACAAAACGUAGGAGGUAGCGCUACCAGCUAUGAACUUGAAGAUAGGAAUAAGUUUGGUGCUGAAUAUAUUAAUGAUGGUGUACAAGGUGCAAGUCCCGUCUUCUACAACACUCUAUCAAUGUUUGAAAAUAUCCUUGGAUUCCGUGCUAGUAAUGUUGGCAUGCAAAUAAGCUUCGGUAAAGGAAAAGAAAGCUUCUGGACGAAUGUAUUCCCAAGUGAAUUGGUUGAAAAUUAUCAUGAUGACAUAAAAAAGUUUGGAAAGGUACUGCAAAUAAUUGGAAGAUUUGAGCCCAUAUUUGCCCUCAUUCCAGUAGACAAGAUGCUCAAAAUGUUUGGUUUCAGUCCAUCUUUUGGUGAUCGUAUGGUGUACCCCCUCGUAGCACUUUUCUUUGGAACUGGUAAUGAAACUAAACACAUAUCUUCUGCAAUCCUUGAACGCGUCUUCCUUGAUCCUUCAAUGCGUCUCUUCGAGUUUAGUCAAGAUAGUCUUCUGGCUAGUAUACCACUUAUGAAAGCUUUUCCUGAGCUUGGUCGCGUAUAUGGCGCUUUUAAAUCCAAAGUAAUGUCGAACGGUAAUGUAAAAAUAUUCACGUCACGAGAAGUAACAAGUGUAGAAAGAGGUACGAAGAAAGCGAAAGAAAUGGGUGGAAAUAUUUUAGCAACAUAUGAUAAUAGCGACUUCUUUGAAACAUUCGAUGACGUUAUUUUUGCUUGUGAAGCAGAUAAUGCUCUCAAAAUACUGGAAUCUGGUUCAGGAGCUACUUGGCGAGAGAAGAAGGUACUGGGAAAUGUACUUUAUAAAUGGGAUGUUACCGUUACACAUAAUGACUUGAAUUACAUGCGCAAGCAUUAUCAAGUCACUUAUGAUAGUCAAUAUUUUGCACAAAGGGAUGAUGAAAAUAGUAAGAAAGCAUUUAAAUUCGCGGAAAAAAACUGGAAACCGCUCUAUUUAAUUAAAAUGUAUGAACAAGAUCCGUCGCAAAUAGAAAUGAGCUUCGAUUUGACUCAUUACCAAGCUCAGUUUGAGGGUAUGCCACCCGUUGGAUCAGAUGCCGAUAUAAAAGCAGAGGAUGCACCACCGACUGAACGACAAGCGGGUUCAGAAGGUAAGGAGAAUGCAAAGGGUGUCGAUAGUGAUGGUUUAGUUGAUGUUCAGAACAAAGAGUUACCAUCCUUAGAAAAUCACGUAUAUCAGACUAUUUACUUGGAUAGAGAUGCGAGUGAACGUUGGACUAAGGAUGAAGUCGCGUCUGAUAAGAUUAUCCUAGAGAAAUGGUGGAAACAGCAAAGCCAUCGUUGGCAACACUAUGGAGGAACGGUACCAUGGAUGUGGACAAUAAAUGGUAGAAAUAAUACCCAUUACGCCGGGGCAUGGACAUUGGUGAAUAUGCACGAAGUUGCUAUGGUAUCUGGAUUUGCAGCUGCUUAUCAACUAGGUGCACCAUAUCCAUUCAAACAAGAUGAGAACUGUGCGAGAUUAUUUAGACUAUAUCUACUACUUGCACACAUGUCGCGUAUGCGUGGGGAAGACCGUAAAGGAAUGUUUUCUUGAAAUAGUGUACUUCUAUAAUGAUAGUCUGUUGUAAUUCUUCUAUUAAUGUGAUGCUAUAGACGCGUCUCUCAU